CGAUGCUUGCUCGGUGUUGCUAACGAGUAGCGGUCUGAUGUGUGAGUGAGGCGCUGUUGUCUUGGUUACUUUAAACUGCUCUUUUUUUGUCUGUGAAGAAUUGCAGGGGGAAUAUCAGGUGGUAGAAACGUCUAUUUCUUUCGGAGUUAGCUUGCAUCUCCGUGGACGACAGUCGGCGAAGCUAAAUGUUGAUGUUAGCAUAGCGAUGCUAGCAAGUGAAGCGUAGGUAGGAGGUUCGGAGAUUCAGGCCUUUUAAAUCAUCGUGUUAGUUCUAAAAGUGGACUUUGUUUGUUACCCGAUUACCUCGGACAAUCUUUAUUUUGUGUCUAAAACCAGCAACGACUUGUGUUGCUAGCUCUGUCGUUACACAAUAAUAAUUUAGCUCUGGAGGUACUACAACAGCUGUAAUGUUUUGUUUUUCCUCAAACGUCGCCUGUAAUUUAUUUCACAUCUGUCUCACAUUAAAAUAACCACACUGUGUACACAUUUAGUGGUGUACCACCGGUCUGUUAUAUAGUGGCAUUCCCGUGAAAAUGGCCGUUCAUAAAGGAAAAGACUGAUUAACAGGCAAGGUUGCAUGAAACGGCAAAGGCCUGGGUAUGGGUAAAGGUGCAUGGAAGGAUACAGGUGAUGUUUAAAGCUGAGAUAAAUGGAAAGAUACUGUACAUGCAACUGUGCAUGGGAGGGUAGAGGCAAGGAUGUAUGAAAGGAUAGAGGAAAGUAUGCAUGAAAGGGUACUGGCAAUGGCGCAAGGAAGGAUAACAGCUAGGAUGCAUAAAUAGAUAAGUCUAGUAUGGUGACUGUUUUUCCUAUUCUUAUAUUAAUCUUUUGACUUUUAUGUAAUUGAACUUAAAUUUGUACCCGUCUUUACUAAGGGUUACUAUUACUUUUCUAUGCCUGCCUUAAAAAAUGCUCAAGCCCCAAGGAGCUGGGAUUCAGUGUUAUUAGACGUGGUAGCCUCAAGGUUGACGUCAUCCUAAAGAGUGUGGGACUACAUUGGAUUAGGUCAAAUUAUAGAAAGAGUCAAGGACCACGAGGAGCCCAUCCAUUUUCUGAGCCGCUUCUCCUCACUAGGGUCGCGGGCGUGCUGGAGCCUAUCCCAGCUAUCAUCGGGCAGGAGGCGGGGUACACCCUGAACUGGUUGCCAGCCAAUCGCAGGGCACAUACAUACAAACAAACAACUAUUCGCACUCACAGUCACACCUACGGGCAACUUAGAGUCUCCAAUUAAUGCAUGUUUUGGGGAUGUGGGAGGAAACCGGAGUGCCCGGAGAAAACCCACGCAGGCAUGGGGAGAACAUGCAAACUCCACACAGAUGGGGCCGGGGAUUGAACCCGGGUCCUCAGAACUGUGAGGCUGACGCUCUAACCAGUCGCCCACCGUGCCGCCACCACGAGGAGCCCCCCGACCCAAUUAAAACCUUAGCAGCACGCACGGAUGAAAAAAAACAGCAAACACAGAAACCCCUACACAUAGUCAAAUGCAGGCACAGGAUAAGUCACUGGACACAGUUCAAAUCUUACCAGCACACAUUUUGAGAACAUCAGUAAAUGCAGCUAGACAAUUAGCAUACGAUUAAACAACAAAUCCAGACUUGGAUUAUCAUGACAUCAGCCCUUCCAGGACUGACCAAUCACAGAAAAAGUUAUUGUCCAAAGUGACGAUCUCCAGCCUUUGUGUUGGGACGGGACCCUGAUUUCGUCUGGCCCUGCCUUAGGUCCCUACCAUCCUGACUUUAGCAGAAGGAUACAGACAAUGAUAAAAGAUGAGAUAAAUGGAAAGAUGCAUGACAAACUGCAAACAAUGUUUCAUGAAAGGAUGCAGAUAAGGAUGCAUAAAUGUGCUCAGUCAAUGGUACAUAGAAGGAUAAAGGCCAGGAUAUAAGUAUGGUUACACUAAAGGGUACAGGCAAGGCUGCAUGGAAGGGUACGAAUAGUGUUGAAAGCCAAAUUACACGGGAUGAUUCAUGCUCGGAUGCAUGGCAGAACACAGGCAAGGAUACAGGGCAACAGUAAAAGGAUUUCAAGUACUGCUAAUUUGAAUACCAAAUUGGUGCAACAGUUCUUUUUAAAGGAUGGAGGUUGUGGGAUAACAAUAUAUAACCUUAAAUAAUUAUCUUUAACUUUUUUUGUUCACUUUAGAUGAUGCUGAUCUGUGCAAAAAGAGAUGGUAAAAAAUGGCCGACAAAAAGGGAAACACUGUCACUCCAAUUAAAACACUAACAAGGAAGGCAAAAGAAGUACGAAAGAAAGAGGAGCAAGAAAAGGCAGCUGUUGUUUUUGAAGAAUUUUUAGCGUCAUUUGAGCCCAGCCAGAAGAGUGGAGUGAAAACCUUUGUCCGCGGAGGCAUCGUGAAUGCAACAAAAGAUGAGGAAGCAGCAGAGGUUACCAAAAGUAGGCUUUAUCGACCUCCCUCAAAGUUUGUUCCUCUAUCUGAAGAUGUUCCACAAGCAUCAUCUACCGAGAGCAAAAAGUCUGCUUUUAAAAGAAAGCCAGAAGGAAAGAAGAAGAGUAACCUAGAGCUCUUCAAAGAGGAACUAAAGCUAAUUCAAGAAGAGCGUGAGGAAAGACACAAAAGAAAGCAAAAUGAACCAGCUGGUGGAGGAGGAUACGGACUUCUGGAAUCACCAUUGUUAGGACGACCAACAUUUUAUGAUGACCCAACAGUGCCGACCACCACUAACCUAUACAUCAGCUGCAUAAGUCCAAAGAUGAAUGAAGAGAUACUUUGCAAAGAGUUCGGUAAGUAUGGUCCUCUGGCCAGCGUGAAGAUAAUGUGGCCCCGGACAGACGAGGAGCGCUGCAGGACUUCCAACAGAGCCUUUGUGGCUUUCAUGACACGGAAAGACGCUGAGCGAGCUUUGGCAGCCCUUGAUGGUAAAGUGAUUAUGGGGUUUGAAAUGAAGCUGGGAUGGGGCAAACCAGCUCGAAUUCCACCACAGCCGCUGUACACUCCAGCAGGGGUGAGGGCUGCGCCGCCACCCCAGUCUGGUCUUCCUUUCAAUGCUCAGCCAAGGGAUCGCUUUCGAAAUGACUUUACCAAACCCCUGGCCUUGUCCCAAGUAGAUCUCCACAAGACUCUGUCCGAAGCCGUAGUCAAAGUGGUUAUCCCGACCGAAAGAAAUUUAUUAUUCCUCAUCCAUCGAAUGAUAGAGUUUGUGGUGCGUGAAGGUCCUUUGUUUGAAGCCAUGAUAAUGAACAAAGAAAAAAACAACUCAGAGUACAGCUUCCUUUUUGACAACAAGAGUCAAAACCACGUUUACUAUCGCUGGAAACUAUUCUCCAUCCUCCAGGGAGAGUCCCUGACCAAAUGGAGGACCACAGAUUUCCGUAUGUUCCGCGGAGGCUCCCUUUGGAGGCCCCCCGUCCUCAACAGCUACAUAGACUGGGAUGAGGAAGAGGAAGUAGGGGAGGAGGUCGCUUCUCCCGAGGAGGAGGUGAAGAAGGGACAGCUCAGAACCGAGCACAAGCAGAGGCUGGAGGAGCUGCUUCAAGAGCUCACUCCCAGCAGAGGAGACAUCGCCGAUGCCAUGCUCUUCUGUCUUGAACGAGCAGAUGCAGCGGAGGAAGUCGUGGGACACGUCACUGAGUCAUUCGCCUCGCCUCGGACCUCCCUUCAGAAGAAGAUCGCCAGCUUGUACCUCGUAUCAGACAUUUUGUACAACUCCAGUGCCAAAGUAGCUGGGGCAUCAUAUUAUCGGAAACAUUUCGAACCAAAGCUAUCACAGAUAUUUGGAGUGCUUCAUGAAGCGUACAAAAACAUACAAGCGAGACUGCAAGCUGAACAGUUUAAGCAAAAGGUCACAAGUUGUUUUCGAGCUUGGGAGGACUGGGCCAUAUAUCCGCAGCCUUAUCUUAUCCACCUUCAAAACAUCUUCCUGGGCUUUGCCAAAGCUGGAGAGGAGUUGACAGAAGUGGUAGAAGAACCUGCCUUUAAACUUGAUGGCGCACCAAUGGCCGGUGCUCUUAUAGACGGGCUGCCUUUGUGCAAAGGGCCAGCGGAUGACCUUGACGGCUGCCCCAUGGGCUGGGACCCUCUGGACGGCAUUCCCGUUGACGACAUAGACGGCGUUCCCUUGGGAAGUGCCAUCGAUGACAUUGACGGAAUGCCCCUGGAUGACAGGAAGGUGGCUCUCUCCAGAGGACCUUUGUCCAAGUGGGAGAAGACAGCUGAUGAGGGGACAUUCUCGCAAGCCUUGCCCGCGUCCAAGUGGAGCACUGCGUCAAGCAGGGACAAUGACAAUAAAGUGAAUGUAAGUGUCAACUCACUGGAUGGAGGCAACACAGAGAGUGACAGCAGUGAUGACUCUAGCAGUUCCCCCAAACAUGACAACUCACAUUUCCAGAGCUCACUCAGAAGUUUUCAAAUGUCUGAAACCCAAAGAAAAAAGCUGAGGGAGCUGGAAUUGAAGGUUAUGAAGUUCCAAGAUGAGCUGGAAAGUGGCAAGAGGCAGAGGAAGUCUGACAUGAGCAUCCAACAGCAGGUGGAGCAUUACAGGAACAAACUGCUGCAGAAGGAAUUUGAAAAUGAUGACGAUAAGCCUGAGCGAUCAACAUCCAAAUCAAAAGAAAGGCCAACGGAGGACAGAAAGGACAAAAAGAAGAGCAAAAAAAGCGAAGAUGGAGACAGACAACGGAGUCGUGAUUCUGACAAGCGCAACCGAAAAUCAAAUAGCAUCUCCCCUUUAAAGUGUCCAAGACAGUCCAAACGGUCCCGAUCUCCAUCUCCAGAGCGGAGGUCCCGGUCACAGUCCCCACAUCGCUCCCACAAGAAGACAAAGAAGAGUAAACAUUGACUCUCACCUCCAGGCCUGCAAUGGCUAGCCAGGGUCCACCACUCAAGGCGCUCCAUUGUCUUGGUCCCAAACAAAUACCCCCGCAAGAUUCUGCUCUCUUUUGUAACAUAUUUGGACACUAAUUAUAUUUUUCUUUCAUGUUUGUUUACAAAAUAAUUUGAAAUGUACAAUGCGCAAACAUUAAAUCACUCUGUGAUUAUAUGCA